UAGGGCUGCGCGCGCCCCCUCCCCUCCCCCUCGCCGCCUGCGCGCCGUUGUGGGUCAGCGCGAGCCACUGCAGCGAGGGGAAGCCGGCGGCGGCGGCGGGCCCGGGGCGCGGCGGCGGCGGCAGCGGCGCCGAGUGAGGGCAGCGAGGCCGGCGCUAGGUCGAUUCAGUUGCGGGGGAGACUCCUGACGCCCACCCGCCACCAUGGACCAGAGAGCUGGCAGUUAGAUGGAGGAAAAAGAGGGAAAUGAGGCAAGCUACCCCUUGGAAAUGUGUUCACACUUUGAUGCUGAUGAGAUUAAACGGCUAGGAAAGAGAUUUAAAAAGCUCGAUUUGGACAACUCUGGCUCUUUGAGUGUGGAAGAGUUCAUGUCUUUACCUGAGCUGCAGCAGAAUCCAUUAGUACAGCGAGUAAUAGAUAUAUUUGACACCGAUGGAAAUGGAGAGGUGGACUUCAAAGAAUUUAUAGAAGGGGUCUCCCAGUUCAGUGUCAAAGGAGAUAAGGAACAGAAGCUGAGGUUUGCAUUUCGCAUUUAUGAUAUGGACAAAGAUGGCUAUAUCUCAAAUGGAGAGCUCUUCCAGGUGCUGAAGAUGAUGGUUGGGAACAAUCUCAAAGACACUCAGUUACAGCAAAUUGUAGAUAAAACCAUAAUUAAUGCAGAUAAGGAUGGUGAUGGAAGAAUAUCUUUUGAAGAAUUCUGUGCUGUUGUAGGAGGCCUAGAUAUCCACAAAAAGAUGGUGGUAGAUGUGUGACUCUGUAGGGCACCACCCAACACUUUGCUUUCUUCUCCAUCUCUGAAGAUCUGCUCAAGACGUCCAGCAAUGCUCUCUGUGUAUUUAAAUGGAAGUAUUUUUCUCUGUGAAGCCACAUUUUUCCAACAUGAGCCUCAUGAAGCCAACUAAGUGUUAUUGAACUUUUAUUCUCUCAAUAACUCAGUGUAGCACUUUAAAGUCUGAAGGACAGCAAAGAUGGAAAGAGCAUAUCAGUGUGGUGGAGAAAGGGAAGGGGUUGGCUUUUUAAUUUAUUUUUCUUCAUCUUUUAUAACAAGGAAAUAUCUAUCUAUAUAUAUAUAUGUGUGUGUGUAUUUAUAUAUAGAUAUAUAUGUAGCUUUCUAUAUGUAGUAGCUAGAUGGGCUUUAAUUUAAUAUACUUGAUUCAGAAACAGAACUAGAGUACAAAGUGCCAAGCAGAAUAUUAACAGUUCAGUAUAUGGAUAUACAUCCUUACUUUUAUUUCACACAGUUUUAUAUAUAUAGUAGAAGAAUGUAAAAUUUUAACUGGGUGUUAGGUAAACUCUUUUCCUUUUCCUGUGACUGUUCAGAUGUUUCUAUAUAUUGACUGGCUGACAAAGCAUUGCUUCUUAUUAAUUAACCUUAUUACUUUUUUUUUUUUUUUGUAACACAGGAGACGAAGUUUAUUUAUACCUGUUAAUAUAUUUACCAGGGACUGUGUCUCUUUGCUGAAUAACCUAGUACAGUUCUACUUAAUAUGAGAAUAUAGUUUAAUGCUACUGCCAAGAACUAGCCCUUGUGUGUGUAUAGCAACUGCAGAAUGCUUCUAUGGCCACUAUAUUUUGUCACUUAGUAACUAGGAGCAGUUACAGCUGUCCCUAAGUAAAUGUAAACCUGCUAUUCUGGAUUCAUUUUAGAUACAGCUGCUGCUCAUAAUAUUAGAUGCCUUCAUAAUUUUCUCAUGUGCUUCAUUUAAUGAAAUUAGGAUUGACAUUAACUGCAGGAUUCCGAUCUACUUAUUUUAUGUAGUACUUAGUGAGAUUAUAAAAUGCUCUUGCCACUAAAUUCUGUUGUUUCAACCAUGAUAGUUCCCCUCUGCAUUUAAGAAUACUACAAGUAGCAUAAAUAACUGGUAAUAUUUUAUAUAUAUGUAUAUAGGAUUCAUACAGGGGGAAAAUCUUGUUAACCUACACCGUAGAGGAAGAAAACUUCACACUAUCUAAAUUUAUACCUCUUGCAGUUCUCCAGUUUGCCUGGAGAGUUUUUCUUUUCUAGAUUUGUCCAUAUCAUAAUUUGUAAUGGAUGGUAACUUGAUAUAUAUGUGUGAUAUAAAAGUAGUGAGCCAUGUUUUAUGACUUUAUAUCAUCCCUUCCCUUUUCUGCAAUGGUACUAUUGGCUGGAAAAAAAACAUUUGCUAGGUUGUUAUUUUUUUUAGGACAGUAUACCUUUCCUGUAUAGUAGUUUUUCUAUUAAAAAUUUGUUUUAUAAUCAGCAGUGGAAAGUGCAGGUUUUCUGAACCUACUGAAAUCGAGCACCUGUCCGCCAUAGCUGUUCCUUCAACUGAGUGCUGCACAUCAUGGGCUCUGUCUGUGAGAGAGAAAUCCAGGUGCUUGGUGUCCUUGCAUGACAUGAAGUUUUGCAUGUAGAUCGAUUUGAAAUGUUCCUCUUGUUUACAUAAUUUGCAUAAUUUAAAAGGAUAAUGUUGCCAAACUUUGGUAAAUGUUAAUGUUCAAAACAAAAAUCUCCACUACAUGUAACUUUCUUCCUCUGGAUCAGUAUGUGGCUUAUCCCAGCCAGUGGUUGUAUCUGUUCCAGUGUCAACUGCCAUGUGCUCUGCUUUAAGGGGGAAACUAGUCUUUUGUGAAUUUUUUGUACAUAAGUAUUUGUUACAAACAUUUUAGCAAAUGCUUUCAAUUUCUCUUAACUUGCUUGUGCAUAUCUUGGCUGGCAUUAUAGAAAAUAGUGCUAAUGUUAUUUCCUUAAGGGGGUUGGAAAGGGAGGGAUGAGGUUUUUGUUUGUUUUUUUUUUCUUUUUUUUUUUUUUUUUAGUUUGGGGAAAAUGAUUUAUGUUGAAUGUUCAGUUUUUCCUCUGCAUGCUACAUCAUAUGUUGUGGGAACUGUAAGAACCUUCAUACUAUAUGAAUACAAAAUAAAAUAUUUGAACCUUG